GAGUUCAAACCAGACAUUCUAGUUGUGAGGUGGCGUUAAAGCCUUCAAGUCGUCCCCGAACGUCAUAACCUCACCGUCUAACGUCGAAAAACUCUUUGAAAUUAUUCGUGUCCUGCUAGAUUCCUCCUCCUUCUUCGGCAUACCUGACUGGAUUCCACGGAUUGUCGAGUUUUAAAGGAAAUUAUGAAUCAUUCGCGUAGCUACCUUCGAUUUAGUGACUCGAUUCGCUUGCGGAAAGUAAAUACAAUUCUCGUUUUGUUUUAAAUGACCGGUGCGAUCGAGUGCUACCGCAUUUAACGUUAGUUUUGUAGUUUUUUCUCAUGUUUAUAGUGCUUGGAGAAUAGUUAUCAAAUAGUAGAAAAUGAAUAAUGUUUACCAUACAGGCUUUUAUCCCAACCGGACAGAUAUGUGUUUUGACAAUAAGGGAAUGGUUAACGCAGCGCCCUCUGAUCGUACGAGUUCGCCAACUGCACGAGUCAAUAUUCCAGCAACACCAGUAGUCGACAAAACACCGAAUAAACAGUCGACGAAGAUAAGACUGCGCAAGAGAAUAACUGUUCCAUUUUUAUCGAAUUUAAUCGUCGCUUUAACUGUUUUGGCUCUACUAAUUCUCUUGGAAUAUGGAUUCAUACCAGGGAAUAAGCUAGGAUUUUAUUGCCAAGAUCCGUUAAUAUCCCACAAGUACAAAGGGGAAGUGAUAUCGCCUUUAAUAUUGGGCCUCGGAUCCCUUUUAAUCCCCUUAUUAGCAUUAAUAGCUGGUGAAGUAUUAUCGAAAAAGACUUUUAAAAAAAUUAACUACCGUGAAAUAUGGUACUACUAUCGAGAAUGUGCGACUGGAUGCAUUUUAGUACUUCUAUUAACAGAAGUGGCGAAGAUCCUGGUGGGUGAACAUCGACCACAUUUCUUUGACGUUUGCGCACCGGAUACAGCUAAAAACUGUCUUCCUUCCGAGUACAUUGACACAUACACAUGUACAAAUCCUAAUUAUAGCAAGUAUUUUCUGGUGGACAGUUCUAGAUCAUUUCCAUCCGGUCAUUCGUCCAUAUCCUGGUUCAUAGGCACUUUUUCGGCUUACGUUAUCCAGACAAGGUUGUCCACAAUUUACACUGGAAGGUUGCUAAAGCCAUUUCUUAUAGCGAUUUGCUUUAGUUGGUCCUUUUUAUGUUCCAUGACAAGAAUAACUGAUAGACGGCAUCAUUGGUGGGACGUUCUAGCUGGAUCAGCCUUAGGCAUACUUGGAGCCUUUUAUACAAUAAAACUAGUGCACAAGAAGAUUUUCGGAACAGACGAAAUAACUAAAGUUUCCACAUCCACUACGACACUUUUAGAUAUUAAAAAUAAAGAUGCAACAAGUGUUAUCAUAUAAGUUUACUUUUUUUUAAAUCUGCUGUCAUGAAGUGAGAAUAUUUAUUUGGUAGAGAGGUUUAAUAUGUUUAAUUUAUUUAUAAAACCCUCUACUUAUCAACUGAUGUCUGAAAGUAAAUGAUAUUUCUCAGAUGUUCUAACUAGGGAAAGAUGAGAGAAAUAUUUAUAAUUAAAUAUUCAGAAUAUCACGUGCAAUCAUAUUGAUAACAUCAAAAUUCCAAUAUUUCAUAGUUCUUGGAAGAACAUUGCAAAAAAUAAUUUAGCUUUAAUUAAUUUUUUGUAAACGACAUCAUUAAUAUUUCAAAAUUAUUGAAAGUAUUAUUUUUUUAUUUACUUAAUUUGAUUGCGUAAUUAAAUGUAUCUCAAUGUUGAUGAUGUUUUAGUUAACAAUCAAAUUUGAUGAUUAUUUAUUAGUAUAUGAAGGCUUAUGUUUUUUUUAUUGUUGUAUGUCAGAGGUCCAAAAGUUCUAAACAAUGAUAUGAAGUAUUAAAAAUGAUAAUCUCGCACUAAGACUGUCACUGAGCUCUAAAUAUAAAACGUAUAUUUCGAUAUGACUCUUAUGAAUAAAAGUGUAAUGAAAAUAAAAGUAUAAUUAGGUUCUCUAUGUUGCUUUGUAAUAUUUCUCGACAAGUUUGUUGAAUGUGGAAUGAAUUAGUCAUAUGAUACGAAUUAAAUGUAGGGGAACUGAAGGUAAAAUGGUAUAUUUAAGAAAAUCCACAAAAUAUAUCUUUAUUUUAGGAAAUUUUUAUAAAAUAUACUUAUUAGUAAUCAGUCUAUAUUUUUUAUAAAUCACACUUCUCUUAAAUCAGAGAAUACGAAGAUAUUAGAUAAUUCCUAAAAUCUCUGAUACGGUCCAUUUUGCCUUCUAAAAUGGACCACGUAAAAAAAUGGACUUAAUGACAGAUAUUCGCAGUCAAAUCUGGAGUACCAUCCAGGUCGAGGUAAGGAGGACCAUCUCAGACCAGAAUGGCGCUUCUGUCGGACGAGAUAUAAUAUGAACGUAGUUUUUUUAGAUAGAGUGAAGUAUGCAGUGUUAGAAAAUUUUAUAUUUCAAAUGACUAGAAUCGUUAAUUAAAUAUUGGUAUACAAAAUCUAAACUAUUUACGUAGUACAAAAUAAUUUUGGAAAUAUAACCUAUAACUACUGUGAGUUAACGCUGAAGGUUCAUUAAUUAUUGUGAAUUUAUAAGAAAGAAAGUGUCAUUUAUCACUUCUUUCUGUCUCUGUUCUUAUUAUUGAAUAUUCUUAAAUUUCUAGCGCUUUAUUUAAAUUUUAUAUUCAUGAGAUAGUAGCGCCUCCUUAAUGUAAAGAAUUUGAUGGACACUUUCUGUAGGACAGAGAUGGUUCUCUUUACCUCUACCCUCCAUAAUCUGAGAAACACCUUUCGUCGUCAACUCCGGCACAACUAAAAUAUACUCAGUGGAGACAAAUCGGGCAUUCCACCCAUCCUUCGUUCAAUUCGAAAAAGAGGUGAGAGCAAUAAAAGCACCCCGUGUAUUCCUCUUCUUCAGAUGUUAAACCCUUCAUGUUUUUUUUUCUGCUUUUGUGUUGUUUUUUCGUCUUUGUUCCUUUAUUGGUGUUUUUUUAACAUCCAAUUUCUUCUUCACUCUCGGAGUCAGUUGUUUGAUAUGAUAUAUCACCGCUAUUUUGCCAAAUCUUAUAGUUUUAUAGGGGCAGAUGUUUUUGGAAUGUCAUUUUUGGACUAACAAGAAACUAGCUAUUUUCUUCUUCAUUCCAGUCGGUUAAAAAUGGAGAUAAUGCUGAAAUUGGUGGUUCUUCUGAUGAAAAAUCUUUUACAUUGCCAUAUAUCAAUUGCCAGUAAUACAUUGCUUGAUUUGUGACUCUAAAAUCCACCGAAGUAAACGACUGAGACGAUGAUUUCCUGGUCUGUUGCAGAGUUCUGAGUAGCUCGUAAAGUGGACGGGCUCGUUAUCAAUCAGUUAUUUCAAAUUGUUUCACGGAACUGAGAUGCUCUACUUGUAGUAGGUAGCUGGGGUUUGUUAACCAUCAGGGCUUUCAUCGACUGUGUCACUGUCAUUUGAUGCAAUAUUGUUUGUAGAAGUCGACAAAAAUUAGCCUAUUUGAAACAAUUCCUAUUUAAGGAGACGUUUUCAUACGCACUGGAAGCUGUAGUGAGCAGUUUCCUGAAAAGCUUCUGAAACCAGUUCAGCAAUUUGAAAUUGAUUUAUAUCUUAUCUUCCAUUCAUUUUGUCCAAUUGUCUGCAAUGGAAAUAGAAGUGUUGAAGACGGUGUGUGCAAUACGCCGGAAAUGACAGGACAUGUACUCCGUGAAGUAUUCCCAAAUCCACAACGUCUAAAUUUUUGACGUGACUGGCAAGUAAGAGCAAUACAAGAUUAUCUGGAAAUGCUCGUUAACCACACUCAUAACACAGUCCAAGGUUCUCGUGGAGCAUUUCUCAUUAAAUCAUUCUUCAUUAUUUUUCGUGGGAAAACGAACAUUGGUGGCGUGAGGGAUGCAUCAAAUCCUAUGCAAAAUACGACGGUUACCAAUCGGCCACGUCCCGUAGGUAUCAACAAACCCGCUUUUUUCUUUCCAAGUUUUCAACCCAAUAUCUACCAGCUAUCUUUGUGUCAUGUUGUAAAUUGCGAGAGAAGCUAUUUUUUUCUGCUACACCAUAGGCAAGUCUCCUGAGGUCUUCCGAAGUUGAGCUGAAUAGAUGAUUCUCCAUAUCCUUAAGAUACAAACCCAGUUCUCUUUCUUGUUUCUUGUUAAAAAAUUGCUUGAAAUUUUCUAGUUCUUUCAUUGUUGCUUGUUCUAGAUCAUUUGUUCCUUUAUAUGUGUCGAAUCGUCGUUUUAAUGUAGACUGUGGUACGUUAUAGAUUGCGUCUGCCUUUUAAAAUCCCAUUUCUUUAUUUUUCAAUUUUUCGAUGAUAGUUUUUCUAAUAUCCUCCUCGUCUCAUUACUCUAUUUAGUUUUUCUUUAUAUAAUAUAUAUAUAUAUUAAUCGUCUAGAACAAUUAAUAAAACAAAACUUCAAAUCAACGAUCCAAUUUUAUGAAGGCAUCACGAACCACUUAGGCACUUCUGAAUCAAUGUGAAAUUUUGAGGUUGUGUAUUUAACCUAUUUCCAUUUACUAGAUACUAAAAUACAAUAAAAAUACAGGCUGAUAAAAUAUAAGAAAAAAGCUCUUCUCGUGAUAAAAUUACGCUGUUAACACUUUCACUGCCACUGACCCACAUUAGUUACACUACUCAACAAAUAGAUGGCUUUACUACCCUCUAAGUAAUUUAAUAGUUCCAUUUUACCUGCAUAUUCUGUUUUGUCUUCAGUUCCCCUAAUAUAUGUCAAAUAUAAUCUAAUAACAGUUUCGGUUUCACGUAAUAUAUCACAUUACAAUAAAAUAUUGUUUUGCAAGUGAGGAGACAUUUUUUUGAAACGAGAUAAUAGUGUACCAAGCCGAAGGUAACGUUUCUGAGAUCUAAAAAAUGUUUUCGACAGUGAAACAUUUUUUCCCAAAAACAUUUAUAUCAUGAUCAUAUACUAAACCAUGUUAGAAUACAUUUUUUUAUCAUUUUUAUUGAAUGAAAUUAUAAAUAAACAAAUAUAUCAUGUUGAAAUUCGAUUCACGACGACGAUAAUGCAUGACCCCAUCGUAGCACCGCUGAAGUUAUCCAUUAUUUCGACCGGUGUUCAAGAGUUUGUCUCUUGUAGGCGUAAAUGUCUCUAAGCUUGCAUCUUUAGUAUAUAACUUAUUCUAAUAUUCAAAUUUGCUCGAAUUCCAUCACUAAAUAAUUAAAAUAAAACAUUCCAAAACAUAUUUUCAAAAAUCUAAACUCAAUCUUCAAGAUUCGAUCAAUUGCAAAAUUUUAAAACCUCUGUGUUUUUCAAAAAACUUAAGGAUAAUGAUAUUUGAUUGAUUGAUUGUAAUACUUGCACAAAAAGAACUAAAUUUAUCUCAUUAAAAUGUAUAUAAUCUUCUUUAUUUGUUUUUUAAGUUGUAAGAAUGUUCAUAUUUUCAGAACUUGAUGUUUUGUACAUUUGUAUAUAGCAUAGAUGUUUUUAUAAAACAUCUAUACUUCAAAUAAAUGAAGUAUUCAUUAGUAGAAUAGAUCUAUUUAUUCAAUAAAUUCAUUUUUUAUAUCACCCCAUGCAAUAAAUAUUUUUU